UACUUGCAUGGGUUCCUACUAGAGCGCAUCCAAUAGACGUAGUGCUGGAGAGACCAAUUUCAUAUGAGCAAAGUUCAAAAUACUUAAUGUAUGGGAUAUCGUUAGAUGUGGAUAACUCUCCUCGAACAUUAAUAGAAGUGGUAGCAGAUAUGAUAAAAAUGAUAAAGAUCCUACUAACAAAUCCUCUUAAUAUCCCUUGCCCAAAAUCUGAUAAAGAUAUGCGAAUAUCUUAUGAAUCUCUGCCAGAAAAUCCCGAUCAAAUUUGUGACGAAUUAAAAGAAGAAAAUGUAAUCAUGAUGUAUUAUAUUCCCGUUGCGCUUCAUUAUAAUAAGAACAGAGGAAUGCCCUUAGCGGCAAUAAAAGUUCUGGAACGAGGUCUAAAAGAAGCAAAGGGAACCAACGAAGAUAUUAUGAAAAUAAAUAAUUUAAUAGCUUGCCUAAAUUUAAGAAUGGCAAAAUAUCCUCAAGGAAAUCGUAUACCGAGUGAACAAGAAAAGAACGAAUUAUUAAACGAAGCUACAAGACAUUUCAAUAUAGCUUCACAAAUUAGUUCACACGACGCAAUAUCUUGGGUUGGAAAAGGUUACCUUCAUCUCAUGAGGAACGAUCCAAAUAUGGCUUUAACAGCGUUCACCAAUGCCACUAACCUUGCAUCGAACAACAUUCCGGCAUUAUUCGGACAGGCACGUGUUUAUUAUCAUCGAAAGGAUUAUAAAACCGCACUUUCAAUAUAUCAACAAAUAUUGCAAGCUGAUCCUACCCUAACAGAACCUGAUCCUCGUAUUGGUAUAGGCCUUUGUUAUAAUAAAUUAGAUAAUUUUGAUCAAGCUCUUAUGGCUUUUGAUAGAGCACUUGAAUUAAAUCCAAAUAAUGUUUCAGCAAACAUUCUUGUUUCUACCAUGGAAUUGGAUAUUUCUAAGCAAUGGCAACUAAUAGGUGAAGAAGAACGAUUAACUAAUUAUGCUGCAGCCAUGCGUCGUGCUAAUAGAGCACUUGAAAUUAACCCUAGUCACCCUAGUGCACUUAUUUUACUAGCUCAUGGGUAUUACUUUCAAAGAGAUUUUGAAAAGUUAUUAAAUGCCACUAAACGAGCUGAACAAUACACAAUUUCAAAACCAGUUUUAGCCGAAGCGCAAUAUCAACAAGCGAGGGCAUAUCAUAUAAUGGAAGAAUAUGAUAAAGCCCAUUAUUAUUAUUCUCAUGCCAUUCUUAAUAAUAAUCAACACCAAAUGGCCAAAUAUGGAUAUGGACAAAUGUUGAUUAGACAUGGUUAUUAUGAGGAGGCGAAAGCAAUAUUUGAAAAUUUACGUAAUCAACAUUCCAAUUUGGAUGUUGUAACUAUUAUUGCGAUAUUACACGCGCAUGCCGCACUUGAUGAGACAGAUAAAACAAAGAAGGAGAGAAUUUUCGAAGAAUUUGAUAGAAUAACAAAGGCCAUAUCAGAGAAGACGUAUGAUAAUCCCGAUAUUUUUGUAGUGAAAGCAUUAGCCACCGAGGGUAGAAACGUUUAUAAAGCUUUGCAAUCAUUAAAAUUGGCGCAGAAAAUAUAUAUAGAUACAAAGGAACCUAUUCCAUACGAACUUUCUAAUAAGAUGGGAACUUUGCAUUUUAAACUUGUUGAAUAUGAAGAAUCAGAGAAAUGCUUUAGAAGUGCGCUUGAAGCUUGUAAUUCUCUAUCAUUUCCUGAUCGAGAAGUCGAAGUUACUUUAAAGUAUAAUUUAGCACGUGCUCUCGAAGCUUCACAUAAAUAUGUGGAUGCGAUAGAGUUAUAUAAUCAAAUAAUUUCAGAUCAUCCGAGUUAUUCACUAGCUCAUUUACGACUUUCUUCUAUUGAAGAAUAUCAUGGAAAUUAUGAAAAAGCAAAUGAAAUUUAUAAUGAUUUACUUGAAUUAGAUAAUAAAGAUUUAGAAUUUCGUAAAAGACGAGCUCUAAAUAUUCUUCGACAUGGAGAAACUCGUACAUCUCGAAAAUAUUUAGAGGCUAUACUUAAUGAUUAUGAUAAAAAUGAUGUUGUUACUUUGACAGCAUUAGGUAGUUUAUUUUUAACCAAGGCACGAUCAAUAAAGCAAGAAAAUAUGAAAGAACAAAGAGAGGCGAAUUAUAAGAAAGCAGUUGAUUAUUUUCAAAAAGCUUUAAAACUUAAUCCUAGAAAUUUAUGGGCAGCAAAUGGAAUUACUGUAGCAUUAGCGGAAACUUGGAGAUUACAAGAAGCAAAAGAAUUUUUUUUAAAAUUAAGAGAAAGAAAUCCUUUACCGGAAAUUACGAUAAAUUAUGCACACGUUUGUAGUCAUCUUAAUGAUUAUCCAGCUGCAAUUUUAGCAUAUGAAAGUGUAUCAAAAAAAAGUCAAAAUAAAGAUGUACAAGUAUUAGAAUGGCUUGGACGUUCAAAUUAUCUUUUAGCCAAAUCCAAUAAAGAUAUGAAAAUGAUGGAAGAAGCAUUAGAAUGGACACAAAAAGCCUUUAAACUUAAUCCUACUAGUAAAUUUAUACUUCAUAAUAUAGCAUUACUUCAACAAGGAAUGGCACAAAUGAUUAGUGAACCAGGACCUAAUCGAUCAGUUGAAGAAUUAAUUAAAGCACUUGAGAAUGCCAAAAUGGCCAAUUCCACAUUUAAUUAUAUACUUAAUGAUGUUUCAAUAAGUGGACAAUUUGAUAUUGAAGUUUUAAAGAAUCGUAUUAAUUUUGGACAAUCAAUAAUUAUAUCAUUAGAAUCAAAAUAUAAUGAAGCGAUGCAGGCCGAAGAAGCAAGGCAAAGAAGAAUAGAAGAAGAAAGGAAGGUGAGAGAAGAACAUGAAAGGGAAUUAAGGAUUCAAAAGGAAUAUGAGGAACAAAAAAAGAAAGAAGAAUCGGAAAAAGCCGCAGAACAAGAAAGAAUCAAGAGACAAGAAUUAUUGGAAUAUAAUGAAAGGCAAAAACUUAUUUGGAAGGAUGAAAAUAAUCGAAAAAGAAAAUUUAGAUUAAUUUUAUUUGUUGAAAUUGUUCCUCCAAUUCAACUUUCUUUGUUGUAUCCUGGGUCUAUAGAUUAUAGAAUAUCAAGAAUCGCAAUCCUUUGUAAGGAUUGUAAUUCAGAUGUUGGUCUUUAUCCAGCUCGACAUAAAUGUGGAGUUUCAGCAGCAGAAUCAAUACCACCACCACCUCCUCCAGCAAAUGCGAGUGAUGAAGGAUUAUGGGGUAAACUUCGAUCUGUACGUAAUUGGAAGGACGUAACUGCCGAAGGAUCAACACCAUCAACGCAACCAUCAAGUCAGGGUGCAAAGUUAUGGGAUAAAUUAUUAAGUGCAGCUGCCAUAUAUACAGCUGAAGAUGAUUUAGGUGAUUCAGAGAAUGAAUCAGAAAAAGAAGAUUGGCAAGGAGAAUCUCAUAUUUCACGUAUUUUGAGAGAAUAUUAUAUGGAAAAAUCAGGUGAUCUCCCUAAUUGGCUAUAUGAUUCAAAAUCGUCAAAAUAUACGACAAAUACAUAUAAAAACAAUGGUAAUUCUUAUAGUAAAAGUCAUAAUAGUAAAAACUUAACACUAACACCGACUAGAUCAAAAUCAAGUGAAUUUUAUGAUGGAACAACACGCUUAUUAGAUGAUAAUAGUAAUAGUAAUAGAAAUGGUGCAAAUAUUAAUAAUAAUAGAGCUAGAAGUGUAAGUCCUGGUCCAUCUCAUUAUCUUGACGGAAAUUAUCAUGGUAGACAAUCACCUCCACCACCAUUACCACAAAUAUCUAGUGCACGUGUUGCUGGGAGGAAUUAUAAUAAUAGACAAGGUGGUUUCUUUUAA